AGCUGUGCCCGCUGGGCGGGGUGGCGCGCACGGCGGUCACGUGAUGUUUUGGGUGCCGGCAUCGCGGCGCGGGCGCGCGGCGGCAGAGAAGCCACUGAGACAACAAGCUUUUGGUCUGUUGUGCUGCUGCUGCCUUGUGUCAAACCUGUGGCUCCACAUCACAAGAGAAUAGAAGCGUGGAUAAAACCAGAGAGCUAUGAGGCACAGUUCUCAGUCGCAUCUCAGCUGUCUGGUUUGACGGACACAGGAACUGCUUCUUCAGGAUUCAUCAAUAUUUUUUAAGAUUCUCCGUGGUCUUUGUGAUGGAUUGUGAAAGCAAAUGCUGGGCUGUGAGUGAAAUGAACCGAAACAUGAAUUCUUAAAACGACUGUUCCACUGAUGUUUAAAGUACAACCCUGCAUCCACUGCUAGCUAAAAGAUGUCUUAUGGAUCCAUUGAUGGGAGUGGAUUUGGGAGGAACCCAUUUGGAGGCCCUUCGAGACAAGGCUAUCAACCACUCGCCACCCAGAUUGAUCCCAGCGAACUACAGGAGCUUUUUCAAGAGACUUCAGCCAACGUCUUCCGAAUUAACUCCAGUGUGACCUCUCUGGAAAGAAGUCUUCGAUCUCUGGGGACCCCCAAUGAUACUCAAGAACUGCAGGAUGGAUUGCACGCAACCCAGCAAGAGACUAAUAAAACCAUCACGACCAGCACCAAAGCCAUCAAGCAGCUGUCUGAGGUUGUCAGAGGCUCAUCCAGGCAAGAACGACUUCAACUGGAUAGGCUGAAGAACCAGCUGUCUGAUGCCAUCCAAAGAUACGGAGCUGUGCAGAAGAAAAUAGCAGAGAAAUCAAAAGCUUUGCUUCCUACUGGGCCGAGAAGUAGCAAACAGAGCCCUAGGACUCCCUUCUCUGACCUAGCUGACGAUGAGAAGAUUUUUAAUGGAGGAGAUGGCACGUGGCAAAAGCAGAGUCAGGAUCAAGCCUUGCUUUCAGAAAUCACAGAGGAGGAUCUGGAAGCCAUCCGUCAGCGGGAGGAGGCCAUUCAACAGAUUGAGAGUGACAUGCUGGAUGUGAACCAGAUCAUUAAAGACCUGGCCUCCAUGGUCCAUGAGCAAGGAGACACAAUAGAUAGUAUUGAAGCCAACAUUGAGACUGCAUCUUCUAAUGUAGAGUCAGCCAAUGAGCAGUUGGCAAAAGCAAGUCAGCACCAACUACGAGCCAGGAAGAUGAAGUGCUGCCUCCUCUCUGCUGCUGUGGCCGUUCUGCUGUUCAUCGUCAUAAUCAUUGCAGUCUCAGUCAAAAGCUGAUCUGAUGACUGUUUCUGCAGAGUCUGUGAUCACCCCGUGAAGUGGAAUGGAUUCUCAAGGCAUUUCACAUUCAUGCCUGAUGUCAGUGUCUGCUUUGCUGAUCACGGUGUGUUGAAAGUGCUAUAACCAACAAACACCAAUUGUAUGGAAGAAAAGCUAAGUUUUAUGCCAUGAAUUAAUAUAAUUGUGAAUAAGUUUUCCUGCUUUUUCUUUUAUUUUACCCUUCAUUGAAGACAUGUUUUACCCAGCAUUUUGGAUUUUAACUGUGCCACCUCUGUAUCUGGGGAAUGUUAUAUAUAUUUUUUUUUGCCUCCAGAUCUGGUAUUCUGUGUGUUGUAACAUACAUAGCUAAGAAUUUAUCUUUGUUGAUUGUGUUUUUAACAUGCUCCCAGCUCUGCUCAUUAGAAACUAUGAAAGUCAAUGUGCUCUGUUUGACUCUUCUGUGAUUAUUUUUGUAUAUUUAAAAUAGAAUCCAGCUCAGAUUCUUGUUUCUGUGCACUGCUGCUUUAUAAUUUGCUCUGGCAAAUACGAGCUAAAUUAAUUCAAAAUUACAUGAGUAACUUACAAACAAUCAGCAAGAUACUUAUUGGAUUCUAUGACUGUAUACUUAUUUGAUGCCAGUGUAAGCACAGAACGCAUUUAUUUAUAAGAAACACUAGUGAAAGAGCAAGACAAAUAUUAAGACAUAUUGUGAUCGCUUUUUUGAAAAUGAUCUGCAAUGUGUUAAAAAAGUCAAGCAAUGCAUCUCAUGAAAAAUAGAAAAUCCUGUAUUUUAUUUGAUCUCAUAAGGUUUCAGCACAUCCACCAUUUGGGAUUUGGUUCUGUUUUCAUGCACAAUAUAUUCUUCUGAAAACAUGAUUGAAAAUGCCAUUUAAAUUCAUCUUUAAAUGUGUCAUGUACUAUAAAUGCAGCUCUCCUCCGGUAAAUAAAGCAUUUCAAAAGUGGUUUUAAUUAAAAUGUCAUAGGAAGUAUUGAAAAGAA